CCAAAAAUCAGGAAGCAACAACGAUAAAAUGGUGGAAGCUUUGCCAUUGGCACCCUAUGUACCUCGCAGUGUCCUUACUCGCCUGGCAGAGAGUCUCCUUCGAUUCGAACAGGACGAUGGCGAUAAUGUGGACGCAGAUGCGCUAGCUUGGCCGUUGGAGCCUCAAUAUGUGAACUUGGGCAAGGGUGCAGUCUUUUUGCUCGACAUCUCGGGAUACACAAAGUUCGCCAGAAGCGCCAAAGGUGGGGCCGAUGAAGUUGCCCGAGUUGUCAACGGAUUAUUUAGGCCGAUGAUUGAUAUUGUGCAUUCUUUUCGCCAUUGUGAAAUUGUGAAAUUUUGCGGAGAUGCGCUUCUUUGCGUUUGCAUCAAUGCGGAUGUGGCGUUGGCCCUUGAGACAGCCGUUGCCUGCUCUCUGGAGGUACAAAGAGAGGUAUUUGGAGUGGGAGCAGAGGAGAGAACCGGUGAAACAGACACAUCCAUUCCACAAUUAUCCCUUCAUGUAGGGGUAGCAGCUUCUACUUCAUUGUCACCAGACGACAAGGAUAGUGACUUUGUGGAACUAUUUGUUGGGGGCGUGUCGAACAGAUUUGAGCAUUUAAUCUCUGGAUCUCCCUUGGAAGUACUGGGAGAGGCCGUGGAUUCAGCUCAAUCGAAUCAAGUUGUGGUUCAUCCAUCCGCAAAGCUCAUCUUGCAAGGUUUGCAACAUGACGGGAAACUUGUGGGUGAGCUGCAACCGAAUGGCUUCUGUGCUCACCAAGCAACCCGUACCGAGGAGCUUCGUUGUGCCUCUACUUCCUGUGGGCAGCUUGAUUUUGUUUUCCAACAAAACGCUUCUACUCUGACUAUGCUCAACAAAGGAUUGGAAGUGUUUACGCCCUUGGAUUUCAUUCCAACUGGAGCCGAAUUCCGACAAUGUUCCAUCCUGUUUGCGUCAUUGCCAGACUUCGUGUCUGGUGGGGACGGCACGUGGCAGCAGGCGUUUCAUGAGACUCAAACAAUUGUAGAAACACUGCAGGCGGCGUUGAGCGAAUUUGGGGGCAACAUGCGUCAACUGUUAAGGGACGAUAAGGGGACUGUUGCAAUUGCCGUUUUCGGUCUUCCCACUAGGUCUCGAGAGGAUGAUGCUGCCAGGGCCGUGAAAGCUGCUCUGGCGAUAGCUUCAAAAACACCAUGCAGGGCUGUGGGCGUGGCUACAGGAGAUGUAUUGGUGGGUCUUGUGGGGUCUGAGCAAAGAUGUGAAUAUUCGGCAGUCGGAAGCCCAGUGAAUCUCAGUGCGAGAUUGAUGUGUGCCUGCUCCAAGGUGGGAAAAACAGUUCUUGUGUGCAGCAACACGUACGAAUCAGCUCUUCGCACGUCCAGCAGUUCCUUGGAGUUUGAAGAGAAGCAAACGAUCACGCUCAAAGGAACGGGUGAGCAGGAUGCUUACGUUCCCUCGACGGCUUCGUCGGGCAACUCCAAAGCUUCAGGGUCCGCUUUCCUCAAGAAAUCAUACUACAAGCGCAGCGGUAGCAGUAGGUUGAGUUCAACAGGCAGCCACGACGAUGAUGCCGUAGAACAGCAAGAAGGCAUGUUGAUACGCGACAAAGAGUUGAAAGCUAUUGAAAGGGAAAUGCCGGGUGGUUCCGUUUGUCUCGUAGCGGAUGCCGGAUCAGGCAAAUCGACAUUGGCCAGCACAUUUGCGGAGCAUGCACUCGAAUCGGGCGUGGCGACGAGAGUCCUCUACUCUGCGACUGACUCGACUGAAACAGAAACCCCGUUUUUCGCCUUCAAGUUGAUUGUUGACGAUGCAUGCAGAAAAGAGGGUGGCUCGGAGCGACUGUUUCGAAUGUGUGGUCUCGAUCCUCGAUUCGCUCCAUUGAUCAAUCCUUUGCUAGAGGCGCCCGUCGCGUCCAACCCUCAAUGCGACCAACUGAACAGCAAAGCACAGCGAGAAAAGGCAGUGGAGUCUGUGGCCAGCAUCGUGAAACGCCUGGCACGCGGCAACGCUGAAGAACCUGGCCCAGCCCUUCUGGUGAUUGAAGACCUUCAUUGGAUGGAUGACUUAUCACUCCUCGUGCUUCAAGCGCUAGCUGGUGACCGUGGAAGUUCGGUGCUUUCAACAACCAGACAUCUUCCGCCUUCGCUACAGAGAUCCGUGUCUUUGACCUUGGAACUGCGGGCGCUGUCAAAGGAUGAUGCAAUCUCGAUUGCCUCAACUAUAAACGCUGACCUGAGCCAAGCAGAUGUUGCCACACUUUUUGAACGUAGCGGCGGGAACGCCCUGUUCUUCACUGAACUGUUAAAAGCUGCUACAUCUGGAGGGAGCUUCGCUGAUAUCAAAAACAUCCCGAGCACUGUCCGUGGAGUGCUUGUAUCUCGAAUAGAUGCCCUGCCUCCCUCGUGCAUUGAGUUCUUGAAAGCUGCAUCAGUGUUUGGACGUGCUUUCUCCCCUGAAGCCACGGUCAAACUUUUGCAGACUUCUUGCAACAAAGACGGCGUAAACAACUUGGUGGAAAUGGCUCUUUCGUCUGGGCUUGUUGAGAGAAUAGCUGCGAAUCAAAGGCGCGAUGAAAGAACGCUGCGUUUCAGCCACGGACUAGGUGGAGAGGCCGCGUAUUCAUUGAUCCCAGCUGGAGAGGUGGCAGGACUGCACGACCAAGCUGCAGCCCUUGUGCACUCCCCUGAACUUGUGGAAUACCAUCUUGUCAAAGCUGUAAUUGCAUCACCAAAUUCCUUACGCGCCAAGCUAGCUGUGAAGGCUAUGGCAGAUGGUACUCGUGAUCGUAUGGCCUUAGGUGCGAUGGAAUUGAACCGAGCGCGUGCGAGAUGGGCAGAGGCACGGUCAUUGCUACAACACAUUGAAGACCCUGAAGUAAGGCGCGAGCUGGAGCUGAAUAUUGCACUGGAUGAAGGGCGUGUGUUUGUUGCCUGGGUGGGCUUUGCCGCUGAGGAGGCCGGAAGACUGUUCGAAACAGCGCUUUCUCUCACGAAGCGUGGUCAAGGCUCUGAAGCAGAAAUUAUGGCUCUAACGGGGCUCUGGAUGAAUGCAAUGUCAAACAUUCGAACAGAAGAGGGUGCUAAGCGUUCCCUUGCUUACACCGAGGAACUGAAGCAACUGGCGAUUGAUCCGGAAACAAUUGAAAACCCAGAGUCGAUGGAUUGGACCCAAAAAGAGAUUUGCCACGUGAUCUGGACAGAAUACGGACGUCGGGGACGACUUCGCGACAUGAAGAGAUUCCUGGACCCAGUGCUUGAGUCUCUGACCCCACACAGAAGAAAAUCUGUUCUGGGCCACAAUGCUGAAACUUGCGCCACAAUAUUCGGAGCAAAAGUCGCUUGGCUUCGCGGUGAAUUCGCCGAUUCAAUAUCCAUUGCCAUGUCGGGAAGAACUCUCACGGACGAGCCAGUUUCUAUCGCCCAUAGUCGCGUCUGGGGCGUCGCUCAAAUGUUUGCCUGGAAUGGACGGCUCAGAGAAUUCGAAGCCGCCAUUAACGAUGAUGCCUUAUCUGCCCUGCCGCCAUUCCAUGGAUGCAUAAAGAACUUGCUGCUGCUCUACUGGGAUGUGAUCAAAGGCAAGGUGCCCUACUCUGCCAUACACGGUAGAUUCAUGAAGUACGGAGACGUGCUUCCCUGGGGAGAAUUCCCGUUUACAGUUUGCUACGCCCUUAUCCAACGUGGAUACGAGUUGAAACUAGACCAACCAGGCGCACCGCGCAACUCUGAGUUUUGCGAUGCUUUGAGAAAGAUGCUGGAGUACUGGCGUAAGAUACGUGACAACUCUGAUGGCUGGGGUCCAGGGCUGUUCCGGUGGAUAUCAGGGAUGCUUCUUCUAUUUGAAGACCCUGCGUCCGCAUCCAGCAACAGCAAGGCGCGUCACUGUUUCGACAGGGCCUUUUUCGAAGCCACGGCAGAAGAGGCAAACGGAGUCCUCUUGAUAGUGGAAACCAGCCGGGUCAAGAUGAUUCUUCAACGCACAAUUCAUUUCCCUCGCACGUUGGAGAAGGCAUGGUACAGACUCAUGGGUAUAAGGCAGAGGUGCACUGGAGAUGCUGCAGAAGUGUUUCCUCUUGCAUUCACAGAUACGGUGAUUGAGAAAGUGAGACGACGUAGGCUUCAGAGCCGCCUGCUCGUGGGUGCCAUUGCUGUGUCUGCUGGGAUUGGUGCAGUGUUACUUCGCAGGCGAGGCACCCGGAGCCAUAGGGCAACUUCUUAGAUAGCGACCAUAAUUAUUUGUUGAUCCGUUCUCGAAGCGAACUGGA